AUGUCCCGCUCGACCUCACGUUCCCGGGCGCUGACGCUCCAUUCGUCUGCUCUCAGCGAUGCUGAGCACGCCCUAUUCUCUGCAAGCUUCUGCGAGGUCGCAGACUUACCGCAAAACACGAUCGAUUGGGAGGCGACGAGGGUGGAGGUGAGCUUGCGGGAGGCUCGUGCGUGGCUGUGUGGGCGGUAUCCAGAGAUUGGGAGCGGAGUCGUUGACGAGAUACUUCGAUUAUUCGCGCCAGCGACGAGGCUCACACCGGGGGCCUUUUCCGCUGCCUUGAGACUGGCAUUACACGCACGAGAACAGCCGGGAAUGAGCGUAGACAGAAGUAUGGCCUUCUUGCAAGCGCCUGUCCCGCCGUCGUUGCCCAGGGUCAACACUACCAACCCAUUCUUUAGCCUACCAACUCCCGCGCCGUCGCCAGAGGCUUCUACUCGACCCAUGCUGCCCUCACGCUCAUCUUCCCGACCUACCGGUUCUGAUAGCGCUUCGACCUCUUCUGGCGCAUCUAGCAUUGGCUCUCGUGCCUCGUCAGCCUCUACACCAGCGCGUCGGACAUCAGGACAUGCUUACUCGGUGUCGCUGUCCGCGUUGGCUAUCACAGAUAGCAAUAAUAGCGCCACUCCUCCCCCAGUGCAUCCCCUGCGCAGAGCUGUUACCCAAACGGAGCCAAAAACACCCCCUCCUUCGGUUGACGCAACUAUUCGCCGCUCCCCUUCAAAUCCGUUCAAACAGCGGCCCAAUCCGAGUCCGCCAGCAAGACCACCACCGCUCCCGCCCCGAAGAGCGUCUACUUCAGGCCCUGUGCCUAUUCUAUCGCCGUUUGAUACGGGCUCCUUCCCACCACCGCCUCCAAUUCCCACAUCGGCAUAUCCCUACCCAUCUUCGAACUCCAACUCGGCUGGCUUUCGGCCAGCACCGCCUCCAUUGGCUCCACGCACCGCACCCGCCGGAAAAUCGGCCUUUUCGCCAAUAUCUCCACCAAAAACGCGGUGGACAUCCAGCGCGCGGCCCGCUUUCGACUUAGAGGGCUUCAAAGCGUCUGUGCAGCCACCGACGCCCGCAGAUAGUGGUAGUGACCCGUAUUCGUUUGUGACGGGCCGGCGGGUAGUGUCGGAUGGCUCGCCCACUAGCGCUCCUCCCAAUACACGUCGCGAACGGACGACAAGUACUUCGCCGUCGCGAGCAGCACCUCGAGAAGAUGCAGGUGCAAUUGUCCUCCCGCGAGCGUUAAGGCGGACGUUGGCUGGCGCGGGGUGGGUCGGUGCGGAAAGGGGCGAGCGAGACGGUUUGUUGGGUACUUAG